AUGCAUCGAUCAUUAAAUUCAUCUCCUGUUGAUUUGUUGCUUGAUGGUGAACAAUUACAUCUACAACAAGUUAUACUUAAUGGUCAAGUACUGCAGCAGCAGCAGCAGCAGCAGCAGCAGCAGCAGGAGGGACAGCAGCAACAGCAGCAGCAGCAGGAGGGACAGCAGCAACAGCAACAGCAGCAGGAGGGACCACAGCAACAACAGAAGCAGGAGGGGGAGGAGGGACAGCAACAACAGAAGCAACAACAGGAACAACAACAGCAACAGCAACACCAGCAGCAGCAGCAACAGCAACAGCAGCAGCAGCAGCAGCAGCAGCAGCAGCAACAGGAGUUAGGUUAUAAAUUAUUAGAUGAUGGUAGUUUAUUAAUACCUAGUGGUUUAUUACCUGCAGCAGGAGGUGUCUCCUUUGUGCUGCAGCUAGAGGUGCAUAUACACCCCAAUAAGAACAGGAGCAAGAGGGGACUAUUUAUAUCUAAUGGUAUCCUUCUUACUCAAUGCGAACCUGCAGGCAUAAAAAGAGUCUCCUUUUUUAUUGAUAGACCUGAUGUACUUACUACAUUUAAGGUAUUUAUCCAGCAGCAGCAGCAGCAGCAGCAGCAGCAGCAGCAGCAGCAGCAAGAAAUGCAGUAA